GUAUUAUAUUAGUUCUAAUAACUACAGAUAAAUUUUACACAGAUAUAACAACCUUAAAUAUUGCAAUACUGGCUGUAGAAUUUCCAACAUAAAGUCCAAAAGUAUUAGCCAUCUUAACAAACGUUGUAUCAACAGCAAAAAAAGAGCGAGUAAUAUAAACUUUUAACGAGAUUUAUUACACACACAUACAAUAUUUUUAUGAUUGAUCUUAACAAGAUUACUAAGUUUUAACGGAAAUGUCUCUUAUUAUCAUCCACCGAAAAGUUUGAGAGCGCUAACCACAUGACAUGGAUGAGGAGGUUUUACUUGUUUAUCGUUGAAACCAGGUAUUACCUUCCUUCAGAGUAGUAGUACAUGUGCUUAGGUUUGGAGGGAAGACAAAGUUUGUUUUGCUGUUUUUCAUCUUCUUUUUUUUAGAUAAAACUUUGUUCAUGGUUUUGUUUUAUUUUUAUUGUUUAAAAUAUUUAGCAGUGGCUGUUAUUAAAAAUCGCUUUGUUAAUGUGACCUUUGUUAAACCCAAAAAGUUUUUAUGACUGAUUCUUGUGAAGGGAUUAAUUUUUAUGUACCAGGAUUUAUUAGAAGUACGUUUAAAGGGCUUUUAUUACCUGGACAAAAAUUGGAAGAGAUUUUUGACCAAAUAGGUGGUUUGAUAUUCGAAGGCUCAAAUGAGAUUAAACCUGAUGAAACAGUUUGGGAUUCAAAAACCAUGACAUUAAAUAGUAAGAAACCAAGAACAUUAGAUAUGUUUUUUAAAAAAGUUGUUAAGACAGAAGUUGAAUCUGAUGUGGACUCAAACUAUUCUAGAAACAGUAUUAGUGGGUCAGUAUUAGACAAUUCUAGUAUAAUUAAUAGGAUUAAGAGGAGUCCAGAUAGCACAGCACAAAAGUCAUCUUCUAGUAAGAAGGUAGCAGAUACACCCUCCAAAAAAUUGAAAUCUAAAAGCAAUAAAUCCAAAAGUCAUCAGCACUCUGUAUCCUCAUCUGAAGAUGAAUCUACUGGACAGACUGGUAGAAAUUCUCCUACCUAUUCUGUUGACUUAUUCGCUGAAGAUAUUCAGAAUAGUUCUCAACAACCUCAUAAAAUUAAUGCUGAACUCUCCUUGUCAGAUGAAGAAAUCACUCCGUCUUCACAAGUCCAUAAAAGUUCCGGUCAAACUUCUUUGAAGAAAUCCAAUAGGCAAGAUAGCCUGGACAGAGAAAUAUCAUCAUCCUCAUCAGAAGAGGAGAGUGAACAGCCUACUUUGUCCAAGUUAGAUUCCAUAAAAACUAGUAUGAAAAAUAUAAAAGAGGUUUUCUCGCAAAUCGAAAGUAAUACUGAAAAAUUUAGUUUUGGAGAUCUGACUAAAGAUGAUGAACUUUAUAUUCUGCAAUGUCCUAGUGAGAUUGAUUGCAAAAAGUUUGAAGGAGUUGAAUUAACUCUAGAAGGGAAUUCAGUUAUUUCUAUUGAUGGAGAUAGUAAAUAUGAUUGUUUUUCUAUUAAAGAAAAAUCAAAGCGCUGUUUGUAUGUUGCACUUCCUGAUUCAAAUGAACAAGGAAUGAAAUUAGGCGUUUUUCAAUUAUCUGGCAACAUUAUUUUAUCAGAAAACCUUGGCAUUCCAUACACCAAACCCAUCGAAGAUAAUGAUUAUGAACACCAAGAUGUACCGGAAAGUAAAGAACUAAAAAAACAAAAGAAGAAUAAAGAUGAUAUACAAAGUGAUGUAAGUUUGGAAAUUAGUAAUACUUCCCUGAAUGAAAACUUUCCUAGCCAGCAUGAUCUUAAGAAGAAGAAGAAGAAGAAGAAGCAUAGGAACACUGAUGAUACCUUAAGUGAUGAAACAGCUGCAACUGAAUGUUUUAGUAAGGAUGUUAAUGACGUUUUGAACCAGCUUGCUUCAAAGAAGAAAAAAAGUAGUGAUAUGAACUCCAGGUUUUCAGAAUCCGAUAACGUAAAAACAGAAUAUGAACAUACACAAAUUAUUCCUGAUACUGAGGACCAGGAAACACCUAUGAAAUCAAAAAAGAAGAAAAAAAGAAGAGCUGAAGGUACAGAACUGAACUCCAGUAUUUCAGACUUUAGCAAAACUAAUAUUGUAAAAACUGACUGGGAAGAUUCCGAAAUUAUUCCAGAUACACAGGAUCAGGGAACACUAUCAAAAAUAAAAAAGAAGAAAAACAGAAGUACAGAAGGUACAAACUGGGAAGAUUCACAAAUUAUUCCAGACACACAGGAUCAGGAAACACCUUCAAAAAUAAAAAAGAAGAAAAAAAGAGGCAUGGAAGAUACAGAUUUGGACUCCAGCUUUUCAAAUAAACUUCAACUUGUGAAAGCUGAGUGGGAAAAUUCGCAAAUUAUUCCUGACACACAAGAUCAGGAAACACCUUCAAAAAUAAAAAAGAAGAAAAAAAGAGAUACAGAUUUGGACUCCAGCUUUUCAAAUAAACUUCAACUUGUAAAAGCUGAGUGGGAAAAUUCACAAAUUAUUCCUGACACACAAGAUCAGGAAACACCAUCAAAAACAAAAAGGAAGAAAAAAAGAAGUAAUGAAGAUACUGACUUGGACUCCAGCUAUUCAAAUAAACUUGUAAAAACUGACUGGGAAGAUUCACAAAUUAUUCAGGAAACCCCUUUGAAAGUGAAGAAGAAGAGAAGAGACAAGGGAGAUACUACUCAAGAUGAAGCAACUGAAAGUGAAUUUUUUAGUGAAAAUGUUACAGAUGUGUUGAAUAAGCUUGUUACAAAGAAAAAAAAGAAGAAGCAUUAUAGUUUAGGAAGUAAUGAGGUAACAGACUACGAAUCAGAGUUUGAGAAAUCGUUAAAAAUAAAAAGAGAAAGGGAAGAAUCUCAAGUCAUCUCUGAUUUCCAAGAAACACCUUCAAAGUCUAAAAAGAGAAGCAGGAAAGAUGUCGAAGAUUCAGAAGAGUUUUCUAAAGAAUAUGUCCCAAUAAAAAAAAAGAAGAAAAAAUAUAGUCAUUCAGGAAGUCAAGAUAUGCUCUAAACUCUGAACAGUAUAUGUAUAUAUGUUUUCAUGUUUUAAAAUAACUGAGUGUUAUUAACAUGUUUAAACCAUUUAUAUUACAUAUUCUGAGACUUUUUUUUUGUUAAAUUAUCUUCAAUUACUUUUACAUUUGAUUAAUGUACUUUAAAGUAAUUCGUAUAUGAAUUAUUAACAUUAGUUAUGUAAAUAUUCUGGUUUUUUUGUUGUUUUAUCAUUGAACCUAUUUUAAGCAUUAUAACAUAUUUUGUAAAUCCAAUUUUUUUGAUUUGUUUUAGUUUUGUACAGCCAUGUAAAUAUACAAACUAGUACUAUAUAAAUUUUAUCAUGUAUGUUCAACUAUAAUUGUAAAUAAAUCAUUUUAUAAAAAUA